AUGUCGAUGGGCUCCUCGUCAGUGAACCCUUCGCAGAUGGGCACUUGGACAAGGAAGCCUCUGACAGCAGAGCCUCUGUCGUUUGCUGACUCUUAUUCUCAAUCGACUGGCUCUCGAUCGACGGAAUCUCGGCCAUCGAGAUCAUGCAGUAGCCCCGACUUGUGCAGUCAUCAUGCUCAAGGACCUGCUGCUGGUGCGCGAUUGUCGGUGAAACUCUCAAAUGUUUCCGCGCGCGGGCUCCCCGAACUAUCAUUCUUCAACCUUCCACACACAUUCAACUUGAAGAUUAAACUCGGCGGACAAUCGCGAACAUGUCAAGGUACACUGGCAGGUUUCCGCGAUGGCGCCUUUCACUGGGACGGCCCCGAGUAUUUCACCGACGUAAAAGGCAACGCCAACAUCGAUCUCGAAGUCUGGUCCGACCACAACCACGACUACGGGCGCACGCAGAGCUCGCUGACCUCCCUCCGGUUCGACGCCAGCGGCACACACGACGAGUACGGCUGUCUUGAGCACGAAACUCGGACUUGGAAGGCCGUAUUUCGCAAGCCGCUCCAAGGAGCCGCUUUCUACAGACAAAGGGGGGCCGAGAUCGUGUUCACACUCUCUCUUACGACCAUCGGGACCAAGGGGUGGCUGCAGCGAAAGUGCACAGUGCCUCUAAGCUCGCAGGAGAGUCUGCUGAGCGAAGGCUCGGCAUGA